AAACCAGUGAUGGAUAAGAUCCUGUGACCAGCACAAUCUGGUUCCACAAUGGACAGCACUUUGCCACAGGGUGGCAACAGCAGUGUCGUCGCAGAAAUGAAGUUUGGCGUGGUGGACUAUGCCAUUUUUGUGCUGGUGUUGGUGCUCUCAGCGGGCAUUGGGCUCUUCUAUGCUCUGAGUGGUGGGAAGCAGCGCACUGUCCAGGAGUUUCUGCUGGCCAAUCGCAGCAUGACCUUCUUGCCAGUUGCACUCUCUUUGCUUGCUACGUUCCAAUCUGCUGUGGCCAUCCUAGGUGUCCCUGCUGAGAUCUAUCGUUUUGGUACCGAGUACUGGUUCCUCGGCUGCUCAUACCUUCUGGGGCUCCUUAUCCCAGCUCACAUCUUCAUCCCUGUCUUUUACCGCCUUCGCCUAACCAGUGCAUAUGAGUAUCUGGAGCUGCGCUUCAACAAGGUAGUAAGGAUAUGUGGAACAGUCACCUUCAUCUUCCAGAUGGUGAUCUACAUGGGCGUUGUGCUUUAUGCCCCAGCAUUGGCACUCAAUGCAGUGACCCAUUUUGAUCUCUGGGUUGGAGUACUUGCUGUUGGCUUGGUCUGCAUCCUCUACACCACCCUAGGUGGUCUCAAAGCUGUGAUCUGGACAGAUGUGUUCCAGACGUUUGUCAUGUUCGCGGGACAAGUGGCCGUGAUCAUGAUCGGCACCAUCAAGGUGGGCGGCUUGGGUCGCGUCUGGCAGGUGGCAGCUAAGCAUGGCAGAAUUUCGGGCAUUAACUUAAAUCCCGAUCCUUAUGAACGCCACACCUUCUGGAGUCUGGCCUUUGGAGGAGUCUUCAUGAUGCUUUCUCUCUUUGGGGUGAACCAGGCUCAAGUCCAACGGUACCUGAGUUCUCGCACAGAGCGGCAGGCUGUGCUCUCCUGCUAUGCCGUGUUCCCCUGCCAGCAAAUCGUGCUGUGUCUCGGCUGCCUCACUGGCUUGGUCAUGUUCGCUUACUACCAAGAGCACCCCUUGACAGAGGAACAGAAGAAUGCCUCGCCUGAUCAGAUGGUCCUCUACUUUGUUAUGGACGUGCUGCAUGAAACACCUGGCCUUCCAGGUCUCUUUGUGGCUUGCCUCUUCAGUGGCUCUCUCAGCACCAUCUCCUCAGCCUUCAGCUCGCUGGCAGCAGUGACAAUGGAGGACCUGAUCCGUCCUUACGUGGCCAGCAUCCCCGAAAGACGUGCCACCCUCUACUCUAAGUUGUUAGCUCUGGGCUAUGGACUUAUCUGUCUGGGCAUGGCUUACAUCUCGUCCAUGAUGGGUUCAGUGCUGCAGGCUGCUUUCAGCAUCUUUGGCAUGGUGGGGGGGCCACUCCUGGGACUCUUCUGCCUUGGCAUGUUCUUUCCUUGUGCCAAUUCUGUGGGUGCUGUAGCUGGGUUGGUGGCCGGGCUAGCUAUGGCCUUCUGGGUUGGCAUUGGAAGCUUCAUCGCCAAUGUACAGGCUUCACCUCCUUUGCCCAACGGAACCCGCAUCCCUUCACUUGAGAGGAACUUCACUACAGCUAUCAUGACAACUCUGUUGACCUCGGCAACAACUCCAGAGAGGCGCACAGGACUGAAGAAGUUCUACAACUUGUCGUACAUGUGGUACAGCGCGCACAACUCCACCACUGUCGUCGUUGUGGGACUCCUGGUUAGUCUUCUCACAGGCCCCAUGCAUGGUGAGGCUGUAAACCCCCGCACUAUCUUCCCAGUGCUGCCACGCCUAUUUUGCUGUCUGCCUCCAAAGUACCGUAAUAAGCUGCGCUGUGGGGUCCGUGAUGUUGCAGAGGAUGGAAGUGGCUCAGAGCCAGCACCUCUAGCCAUGGAGAAAACCAGCAAUGGGCUGCCAAAUGGACUGCCGGAGGGCCUGCCCCCAGGGAGCGACACAGAUGAAGUAGAAAUGUGUGAAGGAUUUGCUCGGGCAGAUGGGGCUCACACCUACAUCCUGCGAGAGACGGCACUUUGACCUGGUUGGGCAAAGCUUGAUAGUGAAGAUCAACAGGGGUCUGUUCUCUUCCAGGAUGGAAGGGGGGCUCCUUGCGCAAGAGGAGUUCCUGGGCCCUCCUUUGUGCCAUCAAGGCUUAUCCCGUACUGGACGUAAGUCUCCUGUCAUGCAGUGCCAGAUGGGCAUGGGGCCACACCCACCCCUUCCUGACUGUGGUACAUUCCCCUUCCAAGGUUCAGUGCUGCUGCUUGUACCAUACUGUGAAUGUACCAGGGAGAGAUGAGCAGAUGCUGCCCAUCCCCAAAUCCUGAAGCACAAAAGGCCAUGGCAGGAAUCUCCAUGGCUUCGAGAUGCCUCCUUUUCCACCCCUAGUGCCCUGAGCUUAAAUGUCUGUGACCCACUCAUCUCUGGGGGAGGGUGAGUCUUGCCAAAGAAGAUACUUGAUCUUGCAGUGGGGUCAUGCUGCUGCCACCACCCUAGCAACCUUGCAAGGGCAGGGGUCUGAUGAGGGCAAUAGCUUCAUUCAACUCCCCCCCCCUCCCGCCACUGUGGCAUUGUUAUUUUAUUGUGAACACUAAGACCAUUCAAGUUUUGACUCUUUCACUUCUGAAGGGAAAGGGGUGUGACUUCAAGAUGUCUGCUUGGCUGAAUAGGUGACUGAGCACCAUGAAUGGAAAUAUCAUCCUUCUGCAUUUGCAGAAAAAGUUCAGGUUCUCUGUUCUCCUCUCGCUCGUGAUGCCUUGAGAUCUGUUCUCAGCUGAACAUUUUCAGCUUCUGCUGUCCAAUGAACCAGCUGGGUUUUUUUUCCUGGGCAAGGGUCAGCUGUAAAAGAGUCAAGAUCUUUUUUCAUUUCCCAGCUUUGAGAGGCAGCCAGUCCCUGUAGCUCUGCUGUUUUCUCCUGCUGCUCCCCCAAAUUUUGUUCAUCCUUUGUUCGCGAUGCCGGGGGGGCCACUUCGGUUGUAGCCGAAAACCCCACCUUCCCUUUGCCUGAAGCCUGAAGGAAAAGGUGGGAGGGACGACCUCGCCUUCAGGAAUGCCAAGAGAUCAUUUCAUUCCACUUUGACUGCUUUCAUCAGGCACCUCUGUGACAAGGUGCAGAAUUCAAGUGUUCAGUAAUCCACAUACAGUGUCCAUGGAGUGCCUGGUUCAGUUCCGGACUUCUCCAGUGGGGGAAGGGUUGCACUUUGGCAGCAUAAAACAUUCCUGCUCCUUGGGUGGCUCCUAUCUCCUAGAGCCAAACCACACAAGAUGUUCAGCCAUGCCUUGUGUCCAGGUUCUCCCAACUCAACUCACCUUCCCUGCAGACAGACAGCUGCUGUGUUCAGUGCAUACGCAGCCCCCCCAAGGAGGCAGUUAAGGCCCCCAGGGUUAUUUCAGCUUGGGAAAGUGGCACCGGGGAGUGGGGGAAGCAGUAUCAUCCUCCUCUCCUGUCAUGGUCCCCUUCCAAAUUGGAGCCCUGCAGCACUUGGGAAAUAAGGUUUCCUCCCAGCUGCUGUCUGGAAUGCAAGCUGGGUCAGAAGAACCCCCGCUUGGCUCAUGGCCAAACAUCUCAUGCCAAUUGGUCCCUAGAAGGCAGCGCCUGUUUCCCUCCCUAUUGUCUUGGCGGGGCUGGGGUUGAGAGAGGGACUGAACACUGGACCUUUUCCCUCAUUCUCUGUUUUUUGUACCAUGCAUUUCUUGUCUGUGAAAAGGUGAGUUAACUUCCUGGACCUUGUCUCUUGUCUUUCUGAUGCUUGGCAACAAUUUUGUUGCUGUUAGUAAAAACGAUUAUCAUUG